CACCCAAACAGUGACACGGAAGUGAUCAUCGCAGCAUCGAUCAUUGUCUGCUGUACUUGGAGCAUUUAUUAUCUUCUUUAUUUAAGGAUUAGCUCUUGCGCUCUCGCGGUCACUCGGUCCGGGUGUGGCUGGAACAGGCAUGUCGUCGAGCGGGGAAGCCGUGUUGCGGGCCGUGGAGGUGCCGCUGUUCUGGCUCGGUGCUGUGACCGCGGUCUGGCUGUCUUUCUGCUCCGUGUACCGGCUGCUGUCCGGGCUCCGGGUGUGGGUGCUCGGUAACGGGCGCCUCGUGUCACCCAACAGACUCGGAAAGUGGGCAGUUGUGACAGGAGCCACUGAUGGCAUUGGGAAAGCAUACGCUGAGGAGCUCGCCCGCAGAGGCUUCUCCAUCGUCCUGAUCAGCCGCUCCCAGGAGAAGCUGGAUGAAGUUUCCAAGGCGAUCGCAGGCAAAUGUGGUGUGGAGACCAAGACAAUUGCAGUAGACUUCAGUUCUGUGGACAUCUACCCCAAAAUAGAAGCUGGACUGGCGGGGCUGGAGAUUGGAGUCUUGGUAAACAAUGUCGGAAUAUCCUAUUCUCAUCCCGAGUUCUUCCUCAAUGUACCAAAUCUGGACACUUUUAUUGAUACAAUGGUUAACAUUAACAUCACGUCAGUGUGCCAGAUGACUCGUCUUGUUUUACCUCGUAUGGUUGAGAGGAAAAAAGGAGCUAUUCUCAACAUCUCCUCUGCCAGUGGGAUGUACCCCGUUCCUCUCCUUACCAUCUACUCCGCUUCGAAGGCCUUUGUGGACUUCUUCUCAAGAGGACUGCAAGCUGAAUACAAGAGCAAAGGGAUAAUCAUUCAGAGCGUCUUGCCGUUUUUUGUUGCAACCAAGCUGAGUAAAAUCAGACGUGCUACUUUGGACAAGCCUAACCCAGAUCGCUAUGUGGCAGCAGAGAUUAACACUGUGGGGCUGCAGACGCAGACGAAUGGCUACCUGCCUCACGCCGUUAUGGGUUGGGUGACUACAGCUCUGCUCCCAGCCAAGAUGCUCACCAGCUACAUGAUGGGGAUGGGCCUGUCCCAGCGCGCCCGUUACCUCAAGAAGCAGAAGCAGGGAUAGGACGCUGGGGGGAGGGGCUGCAGACAGAGGGGGACCAGCUGUGUUGAUGACUCGUCCAACUCUCCUCAUCUUCAUCACAGAGCAAGCGGAGAAAAUGCGACACUUUCUGGGCAACAUUUCAGUCUUCCUCCUCCUGGUAGCGAGACGCGACACGAGCCAGUUAACUUAGCACACUACAAGUGUUCAACCCAAACAGUUGUGUAAAAACAAUUGGACCAAGUGGAGCUUUUUGUUGUUGAGUAAACGGCUUUAAUGAAAAGCAGGAAAAAAACUAAAGCCCACUCCAAAAACCCACCAUCUGUCUGCAAAUUGUAAUGAGACAGGAAGCCCAUGGGAGGAGGGAGGAUAUGGAUUCACAUGUUUGUUUUUUUCACUGCACUCUGAUGAUGAUUCCAAAACAAAAGUCGUUUUUUGUUAACAGUUCCUGUCAAAGGUAUUAACGUUCUUUGUUCUAACUCUUCAUGUGACGCUUGAUUUGUCUCGACUCCAUUGUCAUCUGUUGGUAAUAUUUCAAUUCCUACUGAGCUAAUUUUGUCCCUAACAUUUCACUGAGUUUGCAGUGCAUCGUCCUGGGAUAGGUUUGAUUUAGUAAAGUUCACGCUUCGCUCUGGAGUUGGGGCGUUGCCUUAGAACUCUUCAGAUGUCAGUCUUCCUGGGCAAAUCGUUUUAAAGACGGGUUUUCCUCUGAAAGGACGACCCGCUUUCUUCGUGUUUGUCUGCCAUUCGGUUGUCUAGGAAAUCGAGGUCAUUCCAAAAUAUGUGUUUUCAUUAACGCUUCUGUCAUCAAUAAAAAUGCUUUUCAAAAAACAA